AUGCUGUUCGCAAUCCUCCUCGCUCUCGUCCCAUUCGCGCUCGCCGCUCCUACCCCAGACAUGUCCACCAGCUCCUCCUGCCCCGUCAGUUCCAUCGAAGUUCCCAUCAUCCCCGGUAUCGAGCGAGCAGCCGGCGAACAGACCAUCUUCAGUACUGUCGGACGCGGGGUCCAGAACUACACCUGUACCGCCGGAAAAUGGCUCAGCGCUGGAGCGCUCGCAGACCUGUACGACAUGUCAUGCAUGUCCACGGUCCUCUCUCCUCUCUUCAACAUCAACCAAACCAGCACCGCCAUCGCCUUCGGAGCCCUCCAAGCCAUUCCCUUCCCCGCUACCGACCCCUCCCUCGUCAAAUUCGACCACUUCUUCGUCCGUACCGCCGCGGGCGGGAUUGCACCUGCCUUCCGGGACUCGCGGGUCGGGAUCGAGGUCGUCGGGUCGCUCAUUAGCAGGGCGGACUCUCCGGCGGGCAACGUGACGACUAUCCCUUGGUUGCAUUUGACGGCGGCGUCGGGGAUGCUGUCCAAGGGUGUUUUCAGGACGCAUACCAUUGGUGGUCAGGCUCCUCCUUCGUGUGCGGCCGAGGGCAGGAGCUUGAGCGUCCCCUAUACCGCCAUGUACUACUUCACCGCAUGA